CUUCCGCUGAGCUGCUGGGGCUUCCCUAGAAACGAAUUCAGUUCGACACCGAAACCCUACAUAAUAACAUCGAUCUCCCAACUUUUCUUAUUAUUAUAAAUAUUUUUACAAAAAUAAACUGCGACAAUGUUUGAGUGGCUAGACUUGCAAUCUGGAGUAAGUUUCAAGGAUUUGGACGACAUGAAGCGGCGUCUGGUGAAGAAGAUCGGCGAUCUAGAAGCCGCAGGCGUUCGCUGGGGUCGUCGUAUUGGCAUCGACGACGGCAAGGACGAUGCCUUCUUUCGUUACAUGAGGGAGAAGAUCUAGAGUGGUUUGUCAAAAUCAACAAAUAUGUGUGUUGUGGGAGGCAAUGCCCACCCACCCAGUUGAAUAAAAUGCUCUUUGCAUAGUUUCCUUGUUACGAUA